CAAUUCUGCAAUUCUGAAUAAGGUUGAAGUUCCGUUUAGGGUUACGAGUUCCCAGCAAUGGCAAAUCGAACGGACCCUGCAGCGAAGAGCAUCCGAGGGACAAACCCUCAGAACCUGGUGGAGAAGAUACUGAGGUCGAAGAUCUACCAGCACACCUACUGGAAGGAACAAUGCUUUGGACUCACUGCUGAAACGCUUGUCGAUAAGGCCAUGGAGCUAGACCACCUUGGCGGUACCUAUGGUGGCAACCGCAAGCCAACGCCUUUCAUGUGCCUUGUCAUGAAGAUGCUUCAGAUUCAGCCCGAGAAGGACAUCGUUGUCGAAUUCAUCAAGAACGAGGAUUACAAAUACGUUCGUGUACUUGGUGCAUUUUAUUUGCGCCUCACUGGAACAGACACUGAUGUAUACCAGUAUCUGGAGCCUCUAUACAAUGACUAUCGCAAACUGAGACAAAAGUUAGUAGAUGGACGUUUUAGUCUGACUCAUGUGGAUGAGCUUAUUGAUGAACUCCUGACAAAAGAUUAUUCCUGUGACAUCGCUCUCCCACGAAUCAAGAAAAGGUGGACUCUGGAAUCCAAUGGAACAUUGGAGCCCAGAAGAAGUGCUUUGGAAGAUGAUUUUGAAGAAGAGGAGGAAAAAGAAGAGGAAGACCAAAUUAUGGCUGGAUUGGAAAAUGGGUCUCAUGAAAAGGACUAUUAUCGUAGCCGAAGCCCUGGUAGAGAAAGAGACAGGGAUAGAAAGCGCGACAGUCACAGACACAGGGACCGGGACUAUGACAGGGAUCGUGGAAGGGGACGUGAUAGGGAUAGAGACAGGGAUAGGGAGCGGGACAGGGACCGUUACCGCAUCCGAGAUGAAAAAGACUAUGGACGUGACAGGGAACGAGAAAGGGAAAGGAGGAGGAGGAGGAGUCGCUCAAGGAGUCGGAGCAGGAGUAGGGACCGGAAAGAUCGUGGUGACCGUGAAGGUGGAGAGCACCGCAAGAGGCACCGCAGCAGUGUCAGUCCUCGGAGGCGCACAGAUGAGGACGGGACUGCCAGAGAGGAGUCAAGGAAGAAAAAGGAGAAGAAGGAAAAGAAGGAUGAUGGGACUGAUCAUCCAGAUCCGGAGAUUGCUGAACAAAACAGGAUUCGAGCAUCACUUGGGUUGAAGCCAUUGAGGCCGUGAGAGCUUUAUGCGAAGUUUAUGGGCCUUUUAACAUGCCAGUAGACUACUAGCAGUUGAAGAUGGUUAGACCCAAAGCAAAUGUGGAAGGCCAAUCUUGUCAUUCAUCUGCUUCCUUCCAAAAGCCACCUGGUCUGCCUCUCUGUUCUCAAAUGUAGAAUAUUUGCUAUUUUCCAGGUGUAGAAUCAUUGACUCUUAUCAUAGUGUCUAGCUGAUGGAGUGU